CGGCGUCCAGCACAUGCGCAGUGCGGCGGAGGCUGGGAGAAGGUUCGAGAAGCGGAGCUCGUGUGUCCCCUCGCGGUCCCUGGAGACGGCGCCAUGAUCAUCCCGGUCCGCUGCUUCACCUGCGGCAAGGUGGUCGGUAACAAGUGGGAGGCCUACCUGGGCCUGCUGCAGGCAGAGUACACCGAGGGUGAUGCGCUAGAUGCAUUGGGCCUGAAGCGUUACUGCUGCAGACGGAUGUUGCUGUCGCAUGUAGACCUGAUUGAAAAGCUCUUGAACUACGCGCCUCUGGAGAAAUGAUGUGCCCUUGGGUUUUUGGAUUGUGGCGAGCAAACGUAUUAUUCAAACCCUGUCUGUUUAAUGGCAGGAUUCUAUGCACCUGUGGAUCUGGAUAGUUUACUACUUAAAUCUACGUUUCUGGGACUGGGAGAAGAGAAGAAUUUUUCAUUUUGUCUAUCUUGUAAAUAAAAUGAGGAUUUAACUCUUGA